CAGAGAAUCUCAUAGGGAAAGAAAGAGUAGGCGAUCGGAAGAGAUGAGCAGUAGCACAGAAAUUAGAUCAGUGCCGGAAUCUUAUCCAAUGAAUACCGGAGACGCUGCCUACAUUAACGCCAAAAGCUCAGAUUUCAAGAAAGAAGCUCAGAAAGAAUCUAUGAAUGUCGCAAAGGUAAUGAUCGAUGAUGCAAUUGCAGAGAAGCUUGAUGUAAAGAAGUUUUCCUUUACUUCAAAAAGCACAUUUCGUAUAGCAGAUUUAGGAUGUUCAGCUGGACCAAACACUUUCCAUGUCAUGCAAAAUAUAAUAGAUGCUGUGCAGCACAAGUACCAAUCUCAAGGUCUUACUUCUCAUACACCAGAGUUCCAGGUGUUUUUCAAUGACAUUCCAUCCAACAAUUUCAAUACCCUCUUUACUACUCUUCCACCUGAAAGGCCAUAUUUUGCGGCCGGAGUGCCGGGGUCUUUCCACGGCCGGUUAUUCCCCGAAUCCUCUCUUCACUUUGUUCAUUCCUUUUACGCACUCCAAUUGCUCUCUGAGGUGCCAAAAGAGUUGCUAAACAAGAACUCUCCGGCAUGGAACAAGGGGAGGAUUAGCUAUACUUGUGCCCAAGAUGAAGUAGCUCAUGCUUAUGCAGCCCAAUUUGCAGAGGAUAUGGCAACCUUUUUUGAUGCUAGAGCUAAAGAGCUUGCUGUGGAUGGAAUAAUGGUGCUUAUCAUGCCAGCUAUCCCAAAUGUGGGCCAAUCCAGUGCACACGGAUUGAUGUCUGAUUGCCUGGGGUCCAGCCUCAUGGAUAUGGCAAAGGAGGGAUUAAUAAGUGAAGAACAGGUGGACUUGUUCAACUUGCCUUUCUAUAUUACCUCGCCCAAGGAAAUGAAAGAGAUUGUGGAAAGAAAUGGGUGUUUUAGAAUUGAGAAAAUGAAGAUACAAAACCCUCGAUCAGGAAUUGAUGCCCCAAUUAGUGGGCAGUCAUGCAUGAUGCAAAGAAGAGCUGGCCUGGAGGGUAUGAUCAGUAAACAUUUUGGAGCUGAGAUUGUUGAUGAUUUGUUCUAUCGAUUCUCUAAGAAAAUUGACGAGGUUUCCGACCUGUUGGAGUCCCAAUUCCAGGCAGGAACUCAGCUUUCUAUUGUUUUAAAACGCAUCUAAUGCCAGCUUUUUAAGUAGAGAUAAGAGUUACUCCCAGUCCCAAGUCUCGCAAACUUGUUUCUGUAUCUCUCUCAAAACACUACUGAUCAUUUGA